GUAAAACAGCGACGUCACAUGGAAAAUGUGUCCCCAACAUUAAUGACAAAGUAUUGCAAAUAAGUUUUUUCAAUAGUUUACAACAAAAAGCAAACUAACAACACAAAUUGAUAUCGGGAAGAGAGUGACAUGCCGAUGACGCCGCACGUGAACUGAAAUGAAAGAGGAAGUGAAACUAACAGCAACUGGUUGAGACUCAAAGCAAGAAGCUCGGAGGCAACGGAGUUUAAAGUUGCCCUCAAGCUCGCAAAAGGUGUGCCUGUGUGUGUUUUUCUAUACAGUUCACGUCAUGACGUCAUCAAACAACCGGUACUUCAUCCUAACUAAACAAUCUGAAAACCGUCCUUUGGCCAAACCUGGCAGCAUAUGCUACAUAUCCGAAUACAAAUACAGUUCCCUCACGAGAACAUGUACUCCCACGAAGUUGCCCGUCUGCUUCCUGGACACGCGUACCAUGUUAGAUUACGAGUUGGAGUUCAGUUGCAUGCAGUCGCUGAGCGAAGAGGAAGCCAAGCUGCUGCAGGCCCUGUCCACAGACGCCGAGAGGCUGGAGUGGUUCCGGGAGAGAGAUGCCCUCCAAGCGGCGCAGGGACUCACUGUGGGCACCGCGGUGACGGUGGACGAGGGAGGAGAGAGACUCCGAGGCAUCGUGCGCUACAUCGGAAGUAUGACAGAGCCAUCCUACUCCUGUCCUGUACAGAGCACGUUCUUUGGCAUUGAACUACAGGGUGAAGACAAGGGAAAGGGGAAUACCGGUGGGAUCUACCAAUCCAGAGUCCUCUUCUCCUGCAAGAAGGAUUGUGGCAUUUUUUCCUCGUUCUCCAGAGUCAGGCCUGUGGUUCCCAGCUCCUUGUCCCCCCCCAACGCUGAGCACUCUCAAGCAACAGACGAGCUCGCCCCAGGAGAUCGGGUCACGUACUUCACCGCGGAUAAUUGUCGCCAUGGAAUGGUGUUGCAUGUGCAGGAGCAGGACGGAGAACACGUUGUUCGUAUCUCCACGGACACAGAUGAGAAUGGAAAGAGAGGGGGCGAAGUCGAUGUCCCACUACAGAUGGUUGCGAAGGGGGAGGUGCCCCAAGCUGAAGAGCCAGAGAGGAUGGAGGUUGAUACAACACCAGUGGAAAAAGACAGUGGCGAUCUGAGCCUGAACUCUUUGGUGGAGGUGACCUUGAGCAAGGGCAGGUCCUAUGGAAUCAUCCGCUGGAUCGGCACUCCGCCUGGUUUAACAGAAACCAUGGCUGGCAUCGAGCUGGACGAAGACCACGGGGUCAGUGAUGGCACCUUCAAGAAGGAGCGUUUCUUUGACUGUCCACCGAAGAGAGCCCUGUUCAUGAAGCUUCGAACCUGCCGUCCCGACUCGCGCUUUCAGAGCUCAUCCGCCAGUUGCAGUGAGAGGACACUGAAGCUGGACGACGCAGGGACGGUUGAAGAGGACAACACAGGGAUGCCGUGGACUGUUCCUCCCAUCAGCACAGAGCAGGUCAGCCAGAUUCUGAUUGGACGAAUGAAGGGGAUCCAAGGCCACCACAACUCCUGCUACAUGGAUGCUGCCCUCUUCAGCUUGUUUUCCUGCUCCUCUGUGUUGGACUCCAUGCUGUUUAAAACCACAGACCCUCAAGAUGCUCCGAUUCAGAGCACACUGCUCCACGACAUUGUUAAUCCCCUCCGCAAAAAGGGCUUCGUGGAAGGGCGGCACAUCAUGAAGCUCCGGCAGCAGCUCCAGAAACACGGCUACAGCGAAUCCUUCACCACCGAUGAGAAGGAUCCAGAGGAGUUUCUUACCGUCAUCAUGCACCACAUUCUCGCGCUGGAUCCUCUCCUCAAACUCUCAGUGGGUGGUAAAGUGCAGGAGAGUUACUGCUACCAGAUCUUCUUGGACCAGAACCACAGGCUGGUGCUGCCGACCGUCCAGCAGCUGCUGGAGCAUUCCUUCCACACGGCAGGACUCAAGCUGGCAGAGGUGCCAUCCUGCCUGAUCCUCCAGAUGCCUCGCUUCGGGAAGAAAUUCAAGAUGUUUGACAAGAUCAUUCCCUCUCUGGAGCUGGACAUCACUGACCUCCUCUCUGAAGGUCCUCAACAGUGCAUGCUCUGUGGUGGCUUGGCCCAGGUAGAGUGCACCGACUGUUUUAACGAUCCCUUAUUCGGUCAGACGGGCUUCAAAGUCUUCUGCAGGACGUGUUCAUCCCAGGUACACUCUCAUCCUCAACGCCAUUCCCAUCAACCGGUUGGUCUGGACAUCCCUCAGGGUUAUUUGGGUCACAGCGUGCCUCAUACUCUCAUCAGAGACAAGCUGGAGCUGUUCGCCGUCCUCUGCAUCGAGACGAGCCACUACGUGUCCUUCAUCAAGUACGGACCAAACAGCCAAGACUGGAUCUUCUUUGACAGCAUGGCGGACCGAGAAGGAGAGAGAGACGGAUUCAACAUCCCGGAGGUUCACGCUUGCCCGGAGGUCAGCAUGUACCUGGAAAUGUCUCGCGCGGAGCUGGCCAAUGAGGUGCCUCGAGACAUGAAAGGUGUGGCCAAACGUCUCUUUUGUGAUGCCUACAUGUACCUGUAUCAGAGCACCAGCAUGUGUCUCUAUCGGUGAGGGGACGCCCCCCCCCCGGUCACUGCACAAAAUGUUAAUUUGCAAAUGAAAAUGUGUUGCCUACGCUAUCCUUGUUCUUUGGUUUGUUAUUCUGUGUGUGUGUGUGUGUGUGUGUGCGUGUGUGUUGAGAUACUAUAUACAAAAGAGUUAAAAUUGAAAUAAUUUAGCAAAAUAAUUUACAAUAACUGACAUUGGCAUCUGGGAGAAAAGACAAAUAUUGCACUAUAAUAUUUUGUAAAUUACCUCUUGGUGUUUGAUAUUUUCUCCAAAAGUUAUAUUUACAAUUGUUAUACCGAGAUUGAAUGAGUGUUGCAGAUAUUAAAAAAUCCACGAAGAAGGCGGCAAAUUACUGAUUUAAGAGUGGCGUGUUUGAAUGAGUUUAACUUAACAGGGCUAUUGUAAACACAAUGCUAUUGAUUUGCUCAGUAGUCUCACCAUUGUGCCUUAAUGUGUUCUUUUAAAUCAGGGUUUAGUUUCAGGAACACCUGUAUGGAUUCCUUUGAACAUCAGAUCUGAAAAUGAUGGAUCAUUUGUUCUUUUCAUAUUCAGUUGGCAAUCCAAAAUCGGAAAAUUGAUCAGCCGCUUACAUCACGCAAAUACACUUUCCAGAGUCAAUCAUGUAAAAUAUGUUUCACUCCCAUCUUGAUGUGCACUGCUCCACCUUGCAUCAGCACCAGUGGUGGGCGGGGCUCGGCCAGAUCCAGGAUUUCUCAAUGAGGAAAAAAAACAUGUUAAACAGAACUGUUAACCAUAGUAGAGUAUUUUUGCAUAUACUUUAAAAAGUGUCUAGAGGAGAACUUUAAAAUUGCGGAAUUUGUUUUGAUGGCCUGAAGUUAAAUUCAACAUUUGUGAGUAAUAAAGGUAUGAGGACGCCCCCCCCCCCGCCCCCCCCCUAGGGAUCACUUAUUGGUCUCCUCUCCUGUUCAGUGGGGAAAUGCUUUACUACAAUAUUCCCAUCAAAUAUGCUGAUGACGCUGAGCAUACUACUUGUAUUCCCUCCUCUGAAAGGGAGGCCCACCAAGUGGUUGAGUGUAUUAAAGACAUAAAUGAACUUG